AUGGCUGCAUUUGCCUUUUGUGCGAUUCGCGCCUGUGCUGAUUGCGUGAUGAUGGCAGACGGCGAGCCUCUGUGUUGCAUCCCAGCGAUGUGUGACAAUUCGCCAUCUGACAAUUGCAGUGCAUCGGGUAGCACUGCCCAUGGCAAGAUUCCAGGCAUGUAUACGCGGGCAAUUGAUGUUGAUGAGGGCAGUUCCCUGUGCGGUGAAGCUUUCCUUGCUUAUCUGAUGCCUGCUUGGAGUGAGUCGAUAUCAUUCACACCCAAAGUGCACCGGCAUUCCUUAGCACGUUUUGACUGGUGUGGGUGCGCCGUGUUCUUGGUGCUUAUGAGCUUGCGGCCGAUGUUGCGGACCAUGCUAAGUCAUACUGCAGGUCAAGCGGGCAAGGAGAGUCGCCUGAAAGUGCGUCAAUCAAUGCUGUGGCGGUUCGGCACUAUGCCGUGGCCACGUUUUGUCAUUGAAGCUAUGUUGACAGGUCUUCUGAUGGGACCACUCGUGUGUUGGAGCAUCGUUGUCUCUGAUUUUGGUUGUCUCGUGUCGGCGACUGCCACCUGCGGGGAGGUGGGCUUGUUCUUGUUUUGGGCAUUGCAGGAAAUUGCCGUGAGACGCCGCAUGCUAUCGGUUGCAUGCAAUGCUUGCUCUGUGCAGCUCUGGAUCGUCAGUCCAAGCGGUCAGCAUUUGCAGCUUGAUGUGGCUCCUACUUGUACCGUUGAGCAAGUUCAGCUGGUCGUUGCCGAAAUCACCGGCAUACCCACACAGUGGCUUCGAAUGUCUCACAACGGGCGCCUGUGUGCGAACGCGCAGCUGCUGAGCGACAUAGGGUGUGGCGCUGUUUUGCGCGUGCGGGCAUUCCCUUUGAAAGGUGGUGUCGGGCGUGAUGUGGAGUCUCUGAAGACUUUUCUUGCAACCUUGCUGAUUUCGCACGGUGUUCCGCAGGAUGUGUUGCAGCAUCGCGUCGGAAUCAUUCUUGACAAGGUGUCGCUUUCUACACUCCGCCAGGUUGCCAGCAGUGACAACCCAUGGGCAUCACUAAAGAGUGCUUGUAAUGAUCAUAUGAUUCGCAUUCUCCAACCGGAGGAAUUGAAAGCCUACUCAGAUAGGCGGAAAUUGGCAAAACAGAGUGAUUCACUACUGCCGAAAGGCAAUGGUAGGGGCGGGCAUGCCGGAUUGAGCAGCUCAAAGUCUGCUCGCUCCAACCUCCCUACAGUACAUGUGACGGACAUUGACCCAAAACUUGUACAUGUUGAUGUCCAACACUUCAAAGUGCCUGAGGGGGGAGGAUUGGUACGCAGGGACUCGUUGAAGUUUCCCUCUGAUGGCCCGGGCCUGUAUGUUAUGCUGCUUGACAGUAUCAUGCCAUAUCUGCCACCUAGACCACUUCACUUGGAUGCCACUGUUGUCUUUGUCAUUGGGCGCCUGGCACCUGGCAUCGGCAAAUUCGUUGAGCUUCCGGCGUCUGAUGAACAUGGUCGGCCGAUUCUGGUACCAGGCACCGUCGUGCAGUUUGGAAGUGUUGUGGCUGAUUUCGUGGCAAGCUGCCCAUCAGUUGAUUUCAACCCUAUUCCUACGACCCCUGUUGAACUCAAGAUUGUGCGUGAGCUUGUCGCAGAUGAGUGGCAGUCGGUGGUUGUAGAUCCUUUAUCCUAUGCGGCACAGGCCGUUCCUGCUUUGAAGACGGAGGGGGCUAUCUCGCAUUCUUGGGCCCGACACUUCUAUAGUGACCUUCGAAAGAAAUGCCGCCCCCUUGAUGCACAUCACUUUCAUGGGUAUUUCUUGCUUCUGGACUCUGUUCUGGAGCCCGCUCUAAGGGAUUCAGGCACAAAGGGCGUCUUCCUUUGCCCACGAUCGCCCGACAAAACCCGUGAUCAUCGUUUUCGUGUCAUCCCUUGUGUAGGCGCGCUCGAAGUGACAAAGGCCAAAGCUCACGGCUGCGAACGAGCGCUUGGGCUCACACAGCUGCAAUCUGGAUAUGGCAUUCUGGUCAAGCAGGAGCACUUCAAUGAAGUAAAAGCGCAGGUUGCUCCUGGAGCUUUGUUAGAACGUGUUGUGGAGCCAUCGAGCAUGAAGUUCCUGGCACUGAACUUGCCCAAUACCCUCUCUGCCACGCAAGUGUCAAGCGCUUUGCGUAUGCUGGGGUGGUCAUCUGCUAGUGCAAUCCGUCCACUACGUGCUAAGACUUGGCUCAUUGGAGCGGACCAAAAUCCCCCAUCUUUCCAUUUCCGCUUGGGCGAAUUUACCGUGAUGGUAGCACCUUUUGAUCCUACACACGGGCCGAGUGACCAUGUUCUGGUGUCGCAGGCAUGCGCAUCGCAGGAUGAACCCAUGGAGCCCAAAUUUCCGGUGCAGGAGAAGUUUGAUUGUCUUCAGAUCUCGUUGCGGCAUGAGUUGCAAUCCUUGCUUCGGGAGGGGUUGUCUGCGAAUAACGAGAAGUUGGAGCAGAGGAUGUCUGCAUGUGAAAUGCUCGGCGCAAGUAACGUCGAGGCGAUCGCUCAGGUUCAACAAGCUUUGGUCGCAAAUGAGUCUCAGGUCUGUACUCUUUCUCAUCGGGUUCAGAGCCUGGAGGCUGAUGUGAAAGCCAGCCAUUGCGACAUGAUUCAUCAGAUGAAGGAGUUGUUUGCUCAACAUGACAGCCGUUUGGAAAGCCGCCUUGAACAAACUUUUGGUAGUCAACAUGCACGCAUCUCUGCUGUGGAGUUGGCUAUGCGGGAGAGGGAUGUGCGGCGGAAGCCUGAUGACGGCCAUGCUAAUCCGCGUGCAGUUUGA